GAUCGCUUGGCGGUAGUCCCGCCCAAACACCUUAUAACAAGGCUGAAUGCUCACCAGUACCUCGAUCGCGAACAUGCAAAGUGACUAAACGCAGGCGAAAACUGCCCCUAACUUAUUACCAUGGCGCCCUCCCACCCGCAUAUCACAGCGCGAUCCUUCGGCUACAUCGACCCCAACAUCCCCAACCCCAACGGGCCCAACGACACCUCCAUCAUCAUCUACGGCUACACGCCCUCGCUCGCCCUGGCCGCCUUCGCCGCCACCUGGUUCUUCCUGCAUUUAGUGGUGCACACCAUCCAAACCCACCGCCACCGCAGCUGGUGGUGGCUCCCCUUCUCGGUGGGCCUGAUCUUCGAGAUCAUCGGGUACAUCGCGCGGGCGCUGUCCGCGCGCCAGGACCCCUACAACCUGAUCUACUUCGUGCUCAACUACUUCUUCAUCGUCACGGCGCCCGUGUUCUUAGCGGCAGGGAUCUACACCAUCCUGUCCGGGCUGAUCCCCCUCCUCGGAAGACAGUACGCCCUCCUCCCGCCGAAGGCGAUCCUGUGGUUCUUCAUCACCUCCGACGUGAUCUCGACGGUCGUGCAGAUCGCUGGCGCCGUGCUGGUCGGCGUGCGCGAGUCGCGGCAGCAGGAUCCCUCGGUGGCCAAUAAUAUCCUGUUGGGGGGUCUGGCGUAUCAGGUGUUCGCGAUGACGGUGUUCAUUGUCGUCGCGGCGGGGUUCUUGGUCCGCGCGAGGGGGGUGAUUUCGAAGGGCAGGCGGAAGGGUGAGGGCGAAGAGGGGAAUGAGGGGCCCGGGUAUGCGGUGUUCUGUGGGGUGUUUGGCCUGGCCACGCUGCUGGUGUAUCUGCGCACGAUCUUUCGGUUGGCGGAGACGGCGGAGGGGUUGGGCGCGACGCUGGCGACGGAUGAGGUCUACUUUGCGUGCUUGGAGUUUGCGCCUAUCGCUGCGGUGGUGUUGUUGCUUGCGGUGUGGCAUCCGGGGAGGUGUGUUGGGGCGAAGGUGGGAGGCAAGGCGGGGUCGUUGAGGGUGAGGUCUUAUGGGUUUUGAUUUUUGGUGUUUUUAAAUUCGUUAGGGCAGGGAUUUGAACGGAGAUCUGUGGCCGUUGCUUGAGUCUUCUUGAGCAUGAGUUGAUGAAGUCUUGAGAUUUAUCCUAUGAAAUUGUGUUCGACAAUUGGUAGGAUGGAUAGGCUGUCUACCUGGUGCAGUACACGAUUAUAAGAGUAGAGUGAAGGUCCGCUUCCUGUACAGACUAUUGCAGUGCGGUGGGUUCCAUGCCAACACGCCAC